AUAGUAAUGCAACACUAUGACCCUGGCGUUGUAUUCAAUAUGUCAUGGGAAGAAUAUAAAACUGGAUUUAGCAGUACUGAUUCAGACUGGAUCGGAUUGAGCAGUCUGCAUUACAUAACUAAGUCUUCACGAUUCAAGAUUUUUAUCGAAAUGAAGAAUCCCACUACUAAUGAAUACCUCGCAAAUGGUUACGAUAAUUUUAAAAUUGACAACGAAUCAACUGGCUAUAGAUUACUUAGUCUUGGAAAUCAAAUUAGAAACGAGCUCGACACGUGUUUAUUAUCAGAUCUUAUAGGAACCUCAUUCUCUACUUUCGACAAUGACCAAGACCAGAAUGAUACAGUCAACUGUGCUGCUGUAUAUGGUAUCGGUUGGUGGUUU